UUGGUAAAUAAAACAUGCUGGAAAAAGAACCUGAUCCGAUCGAAAUGUUCAGAUGUUUCCAUGUGAAGAAGGAAAAGAACUGGGUUAACUCAAAAUAAAAAAAACCUGCAUGAUGGAAUGAUAGAAGAUGAGGCUGAAAAGGUAUCCCAAGGAAAAGAACCAAACAUAUUUGCCAUCUAUCAAGAAGUGAUAGGACCACAACACCCCAAGCGUGUUCUAGGGAUGGGUCAUGGGGUGAGCACGGUUGAUGUCUUCGGUCCCCCAUCGAGUCAAGGGAGUCAGGGUUGCAGCAAGCGUUGUUAGGAGGAUCGAACCAAAGAAAGGGAAAAAUGAUGAGAAAAUGAAGAAGUUGGAGGAUGACAUCGUAGAUGUGAGGAAUGCAGCCCCUCACAUCGUUGAAUAUAUGUUGCAGAGGCUUGGAGUGCGGCAGCGCGAGUCAUUCGACAUGGAUCUCUAUAGUGAAGCAAAUGGGGAACAUGGUCGAGUUGGCGAAACUCAGGGUAAUGAUGCGUCCGAUGACGAGUCCGAUGAGGAGACUGCCGACGAGACUGCUGCUGCUGCAUGAACUUCUUUUUAAUGCUAUCGUAGGACUCUAAGUAUCGCUUGAAUUUGAGAUAUUUUGUGUGAUUUUCGGAGGAUAGUUUGCCUUUUGAUUUUUGGAUGUUUGGUCGUAGCUGAUGGCUACUUGUAAGACAGUUUUAAAUCAAUUUCGGAAUAUUAUCAUAUAUGCUUAACUUCGUUUGGAUGAUUUUUUUGUGUGGUCAUAACUAGAAGUGUAAUGGCGU